GAAAUCGGAUGAAAUUUUUAUCUAAAACAUAAUUAUAAUCCCAGCUACUUUGCUGAGAAUUUUCCGUAAUUUUCGAACCCUCGUCCUCGAUGUGACAUUUUUUUUUCGAUUGGUCUACUCGAAGACACUACAAACUUGUCCAAGAUGUAAAGAAGGAGAUAUGCCGUAAAAUAAUUCUUAUUAGUCGCAGUGUAUGCCCCAACUUGCCUUGAGUGCAGUGCGAAUAGCUCGUGAGGAUUAGAUUUACGUCAGGGCUUAUUUGACGCCGGAGUAGGUGAAACGUCUCAUGCUUGAAUUUGGACAAAACCCAUACGAAAAUGAUGCAUAGAAGUCGCCAACUUUUAUCGACAUACUCGUCGAUUCGUUCAUUGCUUAGCCUUCCUGUUACCGGACGCAAGUUAUGUAAAUCGUCCUUCAACAAUAGAGGCUUCCAAGAUGAGGAAGUCCAGAGGCUGCUGAAGAGGAUAACCGGUCUUCAGCUGGAUAAGGUUUUCAAGCCUGCCAAACAGACCUUGGAGGCUCCUAACUACAAACUAGUCAGCUCCAAGAAGCUAGAGGAGAUGCAUCAAGAGGCAGAGGAAGAGGCUAAGAGGAGACUUCAGAUGCCACCGGUCCUGCCCGAAAGAACACCCAUUGAUGAGGUACUGGAGGAGGAUGAGGGUCUAGCUGGUCUUGACACCGCCAACGUUGUCUUCACGGACAUCACAUACGGACUCAAUGACAGAAAAAGAUUUGUCGUAGUUCGAGAACGAAGUGGGCAACUCCGGAAGGCGAGCUGGGAAGAGAGAGAUAGGAUCAUGCAGAUUUAUUUCCCCAGGGAGCGGAGAGAGGUGGAAGUACCGCCUUUGUUCCAUGAUGAACAACUUCCAACCGUAUUUGCCAAUGAGAGGCACGAGUUUCUACUGGACGCAGCGUGUGUGCAAUUUGAACCCGAUGCAGCCGGAUUCUUGGCAGUUCAUCAAAAGGCCUAUGAAGACAUUGCCAGCAAUGAGAGGUACGACCUUCUUCGAUCCACUAGACACUUCGGUGGUAUGGCUUACUACUUCACCAAACAUAAGAGGAUAGAUGGCUUAUUGACAGAUAUGAUUCAGAGAGAUUUGUUUGAUGAGGCAGUAGAUCUUAUCCACUUAUAUAACAUCAUCCAUCCGACAAGUCCAGUCGCUCAGGAUGCCAAAGAACACAACCUAGACUCUGUAGAGCUUAUUAAGGCUUACAUCAGACUGGACUCGCAUCACUCUGGGAAACUGGAACUGGCUCUCCAAGCCUGGGAGAAUGCAAGAAGGGAACCAGAAGCACAAGGUCUGGCAGAAUAACCCUGAGGAUUUUUGGUUAUACCCGACUGGAAACAAAAUGCUACAAUGUGUCUAAAGGAAGAAGUGGCUUCACAAGCCUGGGGAUAUGCAAGGAGAGAGGCAAAAGCGCAAGGUCAAGGAGAAUAACAGUUUUAUCACUGCUGAUGUUUCCUUGUUUGACCUGGCUCCAAUCAAACGGCAACAAUAUAUAUGACGAAAGAACAAGCCCUAACAAGACUGGGAGAACGUAAGGAGAGAACCGGAAACACGAGCAGAUUGUUAUUGAUGUGUCUUUGUAGUGACUGCCUGCAAAAAGAUGGUUAGAAUGUAUGUGAAGGAAGAUCUAGCCUUCGAAGACCAGGAGAUUGCAAGAAUGGAGCCAGAAACAGGAGAAGCAUGAGGUCUAGACAAAUGAGAGUAUUAUCAGUCAUUAUAAGUGACUGUCAAUUGCUUAAAAAUGUGUUUGAAGGAAGAACCAGCCUUGCAAGACCAGGAAAUUGCAAGAACAGAGCCAGAAGCACACUCCUGGUAAAGCGGAAGGAGGGUAGAAUAAAGAACCCAUGCUGAUGUGUCUUUGUUAUGCCAUACUGCAAAUAAAUGAUUGAAAUGUUUUUGAAGGAAGUCACAAGUCAACAAGACAAUAAGAACAGAGGCAAAAGCAUACUCUGAAUGUAGAAGAAGAAAGUGAAAUAAGCAACCAUUGCUGAUGUUUCUUUGUUUAUACCUGACAGCAAUCAGGUAUUCAAAAUAAAUUUGAAGGAAGAAGUAGCCCUUCAGGCUCAGCUGGGUGUUUCAUUAUGCUGUUUGGAAGUUAAGAGUGACUUUAGAACGACUGGUUAUCCUUUCUUGUGGUAAAUGGUUUACACCAAAGUGUUAAUGGUAAAGCGCGUAAGAAAGAAUCACCAGUCUUUCUUGAAGUUGCUCCUAACUUAAAAACAGCUUUAUGAAACCCCAGGAGGAAUAGAGUAAAAAGAAUGCUCAGUGUGUAGCAGAAAGAGAGUAUCAUGACGAUAAAGGUCUCGUUGAGAACCUCCAUUGAGAAUUUUGUUUGCUGCUCCUACUUCCUACGUGCUAAAACCUAAAGAUUUUCAGAGAUGUAAUAGACCUGCAAUAGAAUUCCUUGAGCAUUGAGUAUAUGUCAUAGUGAUUGGCAAGCUUGUCAAACCUAUUUAUGUUUGUAAAUUUGGGGCAUUACUACGGGAUGGCUUUCUAGUCUGCAAGCACAGACUCAAAUAUGACACUUUUAACAAAUGAUACCAUGUCUAGUUGGGAGACUAGACUCCAAACCCUCUGUGUGUGCGUCGAAUGAUAUAAACAGUCACAGUACAUGAGACAAUCUAGUCUCACUUCUUCAGACUCUUGCAUCAUGCACUGUGCAAAAACUAAAGGUCUGUGCCUGAAGACUAUUGUCUUACCACCUAGUUUAUAAUGGACUAAAGACAGAAUACAAUCAUAACAAAUUAAUGGAUUUUGUCAAUUUGAUAUUUUAUAUAAAUGUUAUUGCUAAUAAAAAACCAUAUGUAAAUAUA